AUGGCUACAUCUGCUCAAAGGGUUCUUCCAGCGUCAACACUUCUUAUUCUUGCAGGUGUUUCCCCUCCCCCGGUGUGUUUCUAUCCAAUGAUGGUUUUCGUUACAGAUAAGUGCCCAAGUUAAGACACCUGAUGUGCUGAUAUUGUCACACGCACCCAACUUUUUGUGCCACAACCUAUUCUUUCCAAAUAGUUUCCAUUUCCUUGGAAUCAAAGAGGUUAAGUAGGAGAGAGGUCAGCAUAAAGAGAGUGCCCUUUCCUGCCUUGCAUAAGCAGAAGUGCUUUCUCUAAGACAAAACCUCAACCCCUCCUGAAGCCAUGGGGAAGGUAGCUGCACCUUUAUCUGCCUGCGAAAGGGCAGCAUAAUCUGCACACAACACUCCUUGCAGGUGGGUGGAGGAUCCAAAGACAGGGAGCCACCACAAAGGAAGCCUGUCCAUGUUAGGGUAGCCAAAUCUGUAAAUUUUGGUUUCUCACUUUUCCAAUCUUAAAUCCAAUUCUCCAUAAUUCUGCGACAUUUGGUGAUACAUCUUUUAAAAUCCUUGUGAAUACCUCCGGUUACAAAUGGGAUCUGUUCCAGAGGUCUGGCCUCAUCCCAAGGAAUUCGCAACUAGAGGACCGCUUCUGCACAUGCGUGUGGAGCGUAAAGCACUUCUGCACAUGCGCACCUGCGAAACCUGGAAAAAUACUUCUGGGUUUGUCGCGUUCGCAUCCCAAAGUUUAUGUAUCCAGAGGGAUCUUAACUCAUGGGCAAGUCGGUACGAAAGGAAGUGCUCCUUCAGAUAUUUAGGUCCCAAGAUGUUGCAGGUUUUAUAUAUCCACAUCAGCACCUUGACUUGGGCUUUGAAAUAAUUUGGCAGCAGGUGCAGUUUGUUCAAUGCCAAUAGUAUGUCUGAGUUUGAACAGUUGUGCCCACUAGGAUGCAUUUUGCACAAACUGGAUAGCCUUCAAGGCACACAAACUAUGUUGCACUGCAUAGCAACUCACGUGCCAUUUGCCAGCCCAGGUGACUUCAAGAAGCUGGUUUUCUCCCUCAACUCCUAGAAACGUUCACCAUUCCACCCCCCCAUUGCUACCGUGCUUUUUAAAAACAUUCUUUUCUGUCCAAAACUUUUAAAAAUGGAGGAAUCUCAUUUUCUCCAGAAUGGAAGCCUGUGCUGUCAUGUUCAAACUUUCUGUGGGGGGCAAAAGCAUGUGACUAGCUAAAUUAACACAGCAGCCAGAUGGAUAUAUACACAGAGAGACAAUAGCUUAUUUCCUUUUUGGCUCUUUCACUCUGGAGGAAUUUGAUCACAUUUCUGUGACAAAAGAAGGAGUUGAGAUAGCACUGUGGUUGCCUGCAGGAUGCUCUGUUUAGCUAGCAAAACAAUGGCCUUACACGAAUGUUUACAAAGCUCCAGAAACUGUCUGAAAGGAACAUGAAAGUGGAACAUCUUACUAUACUGUGUGAGAGGGAAGCAGCCUUGGGUGUGACGCUUCUUACAGGGACAACUGGUCUGCUUUAGGAGUUUCCCUUCUCUCACCCUGGCCCUUGCCUUACUUGGAUCACCAAUUCAGCCCCCUCCUUGCAAAAAGCAACACUGUCAGUAAAGCAUUUUUCGCUGGUAUAAAUAGCCAUCAAAUGGCAAUGCACGUUCAGAGCAUCUUCUGGCAAUAAAUGGAGAAGUCAAAUCAGCCAUCUACCCCAUGAGUUAAUGGAUUUUAUUUUUGUCUUUAGUAAGGAUAUGCAUUUGUUCUAUUGACAAAGUUUCUCUCAAACUCCUUUACAAGGAGGGGUCUCCUCUCUCUAGAGGUAAGGAGUUUCUUAUGCUGGUGUUUAGAAGUUGUUUAAACAUAUUCAGUAUUUGUGGCAACUUCUAGGAUAUUUCAUAUAUUGGAAAAAUUGUUUCUCUGCAUUAUUUGGAAGGCAUCUGGCUAUUUAAGCAGCUUCGGUAGGCUUGUUCUAUGUGUUUAUCCUUGGUUCCUUUAUGAUUUUAGACAAUUGGAGAAAUACAGUUAAAGACUCCCCCACCUUCUGUGCCGAGGGAAUUCUUCUCUGAGUUUGGAUUAUUCCCUGAAUACUCAAGAAAUGCUUGGCAAUUUUAUUUGCGUACUUGUAUUUAAUAUCCUGGGAUAUUUGGGUUCAGUUUUGGGCAGCUUAUGUGUACUGGCAUUUUGUUACUGACCAUUUGGCAACUGAGAGAUCAUAUUUGUUUGCUAAAGCAAGAUAUGCCCAGAAGUCUGGAGCUCUUUGAUUUUGAAUCCAAAACUUGAAUGGAAGGAUUGGAAACUCUUUUGUUGUUGCUCAGAAUUUGGAACCUUUCUAAAUACUCCAUUUAGUGCUGCUGUAAUUUCCACAUAUAAAAUGGCAACACCUUAACUUGUUUAUACUUAACUUAUUAUAAGAAAAACAAAUAAACUCAAGGUAUAUACAGAUAUCAUUUUAGCCCUUUGUUGCUGCCUGAUGUACUUGGCUUUCUCAGGUGCAAAGGAAGACAGGGUUUGUAGGAACAGGGGAAGCUGCUUCCUAAGGAGCCAGACCUUUGGUCCACACAACCCCAUAUUUCAUACACUGACUGGCAGCAGGUCUCCUACCUAGGGCUGGAAGAUAUGCUAGGUAUUUAAUUUGUGACCUUCUGUGUGCAAAGCAUGCAUACUGCCACUAAGCUAUAGAUCUACUCAAAGAAUAGAUAGGUGUCACUUGUCAAAAGGGGUGGGCGCCAGCUGUACAAUUCUUUUAGCUGUACAGGAGUCCUCAUCUAAUCAGACCCUACAAGGCUUCAAUUUCCAAGUGUACCUAUUAAAUAGAGCCAAGGGACAGAGAAGGUGUCCCUGAAAUUCUACCAAGGAUGUCUGCAGCAUGUCACUAAUGCGGGGAUAGAUGACUGCAGCUUCUUGAGUAAAACUAAUGCAUAAAUAUUGUGAAACAUGAGGUUUGCACAAGCCUUCUGCAAUAUGCUCUCUGGCUCAAAUGAUUGGCAGGGACCCCAUAGUGCUGUGGCAGCUAAAUGAAUAUCUGUCCAGAUAGAAAAUCAUGUAGGAUUCUCUGGACUUUGUCACAAGAAUUCUGUAUGGAAAUACAGAGACUGUACUGAAAGCUUCCUUACUUACUUUCUUUCCUUACUUUUCUGUAAGAUCUUCUGAAACCUUCCAAGGUUUGCAUACUUGUGAGUUUUACCCCAGUGGUUGUCUAUUUUUUGAAUUGUUUCUUUAAUCUCCUUGUAACAGUUAUCUGUGUUGUCAGUAGCUCAAUCACUAAUGGUCUCUUAUUGACCCUCAACUGCAGUUAUCAAUAACCUUGUUACUAUCUGAAUACAUUGAACUAUUGUGAAACAUUAAUCAACAUUGUGUAACUUGAAGGAUGAGUCUCGACUGGCUGCCCUGCAUUAUGUAGCUGAAAAGAAAGUUAUCUGCUAGUACCAAUAUGUUUUUCAAGAGGUUGUUUGCCAGUAUAUUACCAUGCAGGUUCAGGAGAGUGUUGCGUAGACAAAUAUGGAAAAGGUGUUUCCUUCUCCUGAAGUCAGGAUGACUUUUUUUAAAAAAUGAACAGCGGAUAGAGACUUCUUUCCCUAAUCUAUCAAAUUGCUGCUUAAGCAUCUCACAGCAUGGACCCCAAUAAGUAGUUAUUAUUAGGUGUGCACUUAUAAGGAGGAGAACUGAGAUCACACCUGCUGUACCUAACUUUUACAUGAUGAUCCAACGGGGGCCUUGCGCACAUAUAACUGUGGGUUCACCCACUGUGCAACUGGAUAAACACUUCAUUCACAUGUUUGGGUGACUGCAUGGAGGUCCUCUCCUUUCUCCAUAUCACCACUUCACAAGUGGUCCUUAGAGUGACUUGUCUGUUGCCUGUGUUUGGAAUUGCUGGAUGCAGCUGGGGUCCCGUCUGCACUACGCUGUCAUCAGUGGUUUGAUUGCACUGGGCAUGGAACUUUGGGGUGCCACAGGGGGUGCUACAACUAUGAUGUAGAAAGGAAGGUGAGAGGCAAGCGGGGCCCCCAAAUUUUGGCACCACAUAGGGCGCUGCUGAAAUUUGAGACCCCCACAGUCUGCCACUGCUGUUUUGAGUUUAGGAGAGUGGUUAGGCUGCAUGCCUGAGACUGCCUUCUAAAUCCAGCAUCUAGUCAUUAAGGUAACAAAGGGUGUGGCACAGAGAGGGCACCUGGCCUGCCUGUAGUAUAUGUGAAAAGGGUCUAGAAGUCUUAGUGGACCACAAGCUGAACAUGAGUCAUCAGUGUGAUGCAGCAGCAGCAAAAAAGCUAAUUCUAUUCCAGGCUGUAUUAACAGAAGUAUAGUGUCCAGAUCAAGGAAAGUAAUAGUACCACUUUUUUCUGCCCUGGUCAGACCACACCUGAAAUACUGUGCCCAAUUCUGGGCACCACAAUUUAAGAAGGAUGUGUGCAGAGAAGGGCAACCAAGAUGAUCAAGGGUCUGGAAACCAAGCCUUAUAAGGAACAGUUGAAGGAGCCGGGCAUGUUUAGCCUGGAAAAGAGGAGACUGAGAGGAGAUAUGAUAGCCAACGUCAAAUAUCUCAAGGGCUAUCACAUGGAAGAUGGAGCAAGCUUGUUUCCUGCUGCUCUGGAGACUAGGAACAGAACCAGUGGCAUCAAGUUACAAGAAUGGAAAUUCUGACUAAACAUCAGGAAUAAGUUUCUGACAGUAAGACCUGUUUGACAGUGGAGCUGACUCCCAUAAGAGGUGGUGGACUCUUUCCUUGGAGGUUUUUAAGCAGAGGUCGGAUGGCCAUCUGCCAUGGAUGUUUUAAUUGAGAUUCCUGCAUUGCAGGGGCUUGCACUGCAUAACCCUCAGGGUCCCUUCCAACUCUAUAAUUCUAUGUUUCUAUGAUUCUGUCAUAAACAUCUUUGUAGAAUUAUGUCCCUGCAUCUCAAGCUACACAAGUACAGUUUGGAGUGUAUAUAAUCAUAAUCUCCAGUGCGGCAUUUGAAUCUUGAAAUUAACUUUAAAAAUAGAUUUUAACUCCUCUGACUCUGCAGCAGACAUUUUGGUGCUCCGUUCUUGCUAGGAAGCAACGUUACACCUGUGGAAAAAACUCUCAACUGUAAUCUUGAAAAUUAGCAUGCAGAUAUCUGCUUCUGUGUGUUCCCGUAUGAACUGACCGAGACCCUGAACUCAUAAUCUGAGGCCCUUCUUAGUGUGCUCUUUCCAGGAGAUGUCCGGGGGGGGGGGCAACAAGAGAAUGGGCCUUUUCUGCAAUGGCUCCCUGCUUCUGGGAUCCUCUCCCCAGGGAGGCUCACCUAGUGCCUUUGUGACAUAUCUUUAGGCACCAGGCAAAAACAUUCCUCGCCUACCAGGCUUAUUCAACAAUAUAUGGUGUUUUAAACCAUAUUUUUAUUGUUGGGUAUUGCUUUGUUUGUUAUUGUAUUAUGUAUUUCUUUAUACUGUGGUCCUUGGAUGAAUGGCUGUGUAUAAAUUUGUUGUUGUUGUUUAGUCGUGUCCGACUCUUCGUGACCCCAUGGACCAGAGCACGCCAGGCACUCCUGUCUUCCACUGCCUUCUGCAGUUUGGUCAAACUCAUGCUGGUAGCUUUGAGAACACUGUCCAACCAUCUCGUCCUCUGUCAUCCCCUUCUCCUUGUGCCCUCCAUCUUUCCCAACAUCAGGGUCAUUUCCAGGGAGUCAUCUCUUCUCAUGAGGUGGCCAAAGUAUUGGAGCCUCAGCUUCAGGAUCUGUCCUUCCAGUGAGCACUCAGGGCUGAUUUCCUUCAGAAUGGAUAGGUUUGAUCUUCUUGCAGUCCAAGGGAUUCUCAAGAGUCUCCUCCAGCACCAUGUAUAAAUUUAAUAAAUAAUUAAUACAGACCUGCUGAAGAAUGCAGCAAUUGUGUGUGCAGGUUAUAAUACCAUAGUUCAAACUGGAGCUUUAAAUGCUUUAUUAAGCACGGUGCCUUUUCAGUGUUGUUGGUCCCCCAUGUUCAGCCGCAGGUUGAGUGUUGAGUGACCACAGGUGAACUUGCCCCCCCUAAGACCAAUCUUUUGAUCCAUUUUUCUGACGCUUCUUGCUCCAGUUUUGGGUACAGAAUUUACUGUGUGGAGAGAGGGCUUAGUACUAAGUAGUCAACAAUCGGCACAUGAGUAUGCAUGAGUAUUUGCUGUGCUUGAGUACUUACUUUUCUGUGUUGCGAAAUGUAAUAAUACAAGCGAAAGGGUGCAGAACUGAAUUCUCUGCUACAACCUGCAAGAAAACGAUUAAGUGUGUGUGUGCAACAAUUUUUUUUAAUGGUUAGAUUGAUGUGAGUGUGUUGGGUGAUAUCUCCAGCUGUUGCUCAUACUGUACUUUGUACUUUGAUCUCUUUUGAAAGCUCAUUUAGGAACUUGCUGUGUUAGAGGCUGCUGCUGCCAAGAGGGGUGCAUGUGUUCCUGGACGACAAAGUUGUAA